CGCCCUUACAAUACGUGACCAGCACGCGCCAGAACGAGAGGGAGGCUGCGUGCGUGAGUUCGCGUAUGCAACGUGGAGGGAGAAAAUGCCUAAGGAGAAGGGAGAGUCUUUCAGCGUGGCUCAGGAGAUAGAUAGCCUUGAGGAGAAGCUAUCCCAGUGCAGAGAGAGUUUGGAAGAAGUGGAUUUCAAGCUACGGAGAAAAGAACUAACUCCUGAGAGAAGAAAGUCCCUGGAGAAGGAGAAAAACCUGCUAGCAGCUAAAGCUGAAAACUAUGAGAAAGAUCUGAAAAUGCUUCGUCAGGAAAAUCGCAAGAAUGCAGCACUCUCAGUGGCCCUUGUGCUUUUGGUGGUAGUUAUUUAUACCUGCUGGACAAUGUAACCGAUUUUACAGAUUCCUCCCUAAGGACCUGACUGCAAGAGCCUCCUUUGUUCCUCCUUGGCCUCUCUCUAGGGUGCAUUGGUCUCUCAGCACUCUAACCCCUCUCAGUCUAGGAUGUUCUCACCCUGGACAUCUCAGGAAAGUUAACAAAGCACCAGCAGCAGAAAAGAGCAAGAGUCCAGUAGCACCUAUAAGACGAACAAAA